UCGAUCAGAAAACCAAACAAAACAAACCCACAUGGUUCAUUUUUUCAUUUUGGUGCGGAGUCCACACUGAUCUGGCCUAUUUUUCUACGAAGGUCCAUGGCCUUUUCUCUUUUUUUCCCUCCCAAUCAAUGAACGAGUAGUUUUAUUUUGAUUAGCUCCACCUUCCUUUCCGGCCAUUCCUUGAAUGUAUGCCAUGUCCGGGCUAUCCGGCUUGACCUUGGCCUGCGCCGCCGUCUCCAAAUGUGAGCCCGAUCCUGAUGAUGGUGAAGAUGCACUUGAACCAAGGGCGGCCAUCAGAAAAGCACACUCCGUGAAAGUGCCGCGUCUCUAUAAAACGUGUGCCAAAGUACUCCAAAUCCACGAUGAAGGGCGGGGCGCGCUCAAGAACUUGAUCUAUGGGGCUAAUCAUCCCAAUGUUAAGGCCAUGUUAGCCUUACUCACGGCCUGUGUGGAUCAUCGUCAUCAGCUAACAGCUUUGCGGGUUCAUCUGAAAUGGGAGGAACGCGAGCCUCGUUUGGAUCCCGGUUUGGCCGACGUGUUGCUGACAGAGCUGCUUUGGGGCAAAGGUCGCUUACCCGGCCAGAGUCGACCCGUUCAGACCAUCCUCACUUACGAGGCGGCCAUACGGCGGUUUCAGCUUCCGCCUUUGACCGACUCGGUGGUCGAGCGAAAACGACUUACCCGCAUUCGACCGCGUUAUGUGCGGAUUAAUCGCUUACUAGCACCGGACACUGGGACUGUGAUGAGGCAAAUUCAAGCCGAUGGGUUCUCCCUGAUGAGCCAAGUGUCGUUAUCGCAGACAUAUGAGCAGUUUUUGAGCCGGGUGCGAGAUCUCCAGCCCGGUCAAUUCAUCCUCGAUUACCACAUUCCCGACCUUUUGGUGUUCGCCCCUGGCUCACAAUUUCACGACCAUCCCUUGUAUAGGGCGGGUGUGCUGCUCUUACAAGACAAGGCCAGUUGUUUACCCGUGCAUUGCCUGGCUUUGCCAUCGGGAGCGGUUGUUUUAGAUGCUUGCGCCGCCCCCGGGAUGAAAACCUCCCAAGUCGCCGCUUCGGUGUGGACGGUUGGCACAAGGAACGGGCCUUGCGUGUACGCAGUAGAGCGAGACCGCCAACGCUUCCAUACCUUGCGAAAAAUGUUACAAAAUAAAGGUGCGGCAGAAUGUGUCAAGAUUUUCAACAAUGAUUUUCUCUGUCUGGAUCCGGCCAGGUUCGAUGAUGUCGAGUAUAUCGUUUUGGAUCCAUCGUGUAGUGGUUCAGGAAUGCUUAAUCGUUGUGAGAAAGUGGAUUUGAGCGAUGAGCGACUCGAGAAUUUGGCCAAGCAUCAAACCCGCCUUCUACUGCAUGCUGGUACAUUCCCUCAAGUCAGAAAGAUAUCUUAUUCUACGUGCUCGAUUAUGGAUCAAGAAAAUGAGGGCGUGGUGUCAGCAGUGUUGGCGGACCCGAAGUUUGGUGCCAAUUUUGAACUGUGCCCGCAGGUUUUGCCCUCGUGGAGUCGAAGAGGGCGUGGUGAAGAGCGUUUUAAGGCGUGCUUGCGGUCGGAUCCGAGUGAAGACCUCUGCAAUGGAUUCUUUGUGAGUGUAUUUCAACGAAAAAGUGAACCAAAUGUUGAAGCGCCCAUAAUUAGGGCUAGAAAACGGAAGUCCAAUUCAGCUCCCGAGAGCCGCCGUCGAAAAAUGACUGAGGUAUAGAAAAUAUGUAUCUGUGAAAUGUGUCAAAUUCGGUCAUUUGCACUCUAAAAUCUGAGACGUUGUAUUGUUGAAUAAAAGCAGUUUCAAAAGAUUGAA